AUGCGCUUUUGCCUUCUUUCGCUGCUCUCGGCCGCCAGCGUCCAUGCGCAAGGAUACCCGGAAGCUCCAGAAACCGCCAUCUAUCCUGAGCGCUUCUCGCCAACGACGGACAUCGUCUCCUUCUCGCCCGCGGCCUGGCUGAUGCAGCCUUACCACCCAUUGACGCCAAAGCCGGCUCGAGCCCAACUCAACACCUUUGAGUGGUUUGGACCGGGGAACAGCCUGUACGGACUCCACUCGAUGGUGCUGAUGUCGCGCGCCUGCAAGCUGGAGAUGGGCGAGCCCGAUACCUGCUACUUUCCGCUCAAGUCGUGGGGCGAGAAGGGGUCGCCGUUCGACCACGUCCACUCGGACAGUACCGACGCCCGAUACACGUUCGUUCGGGAAGAUAGCCUCACACGUGCUGAUAGUUGGAACCCGUUCUGCGUGUACAACGGCAUCGACGGUGGGUGCGGCCGCGGUUCUCGAAACAGUUGGACCAGAGAGGUGGCCGAAUGGCCGAAUGUUUCAUGGCCACCAAAGUACUCAGGGGGGCCUUGCAACAGCACAGGGGUGCUCGGGGCAUACGCCCAGUACGGUGCUUACUACCACAUGGCCGACCAGAUGUUUUCGAAUUGCCGCUGGACCGUAAAUGAGAGCCAAGCCGCCGGCUACAUCCGUGAAGUCGCGGCGCGUACCAACGACCGCGGUGAGUCUUAUGACUACUCCUUCGAGGUGUGUCAGUGGCCCGGGGACUGCACGACUGAAACCGGGAACUGCAUCAACGCGUACUCCGCCGUAUUCCUCGCCGACCUCCGGUACACCGACGCCACGUCCCUUCUCGCAGUCCCACAGGAGGAAGAUUUCUUCCCCGUCCCACCCCGCCAGUACCCACCAAUGGGUGCGGGCCGGAUAGAAAUGGUUUACUCGACUGCGAUCAACGGGCCGCACUUGCCGUGUUCGGUGGACGAUGACGGGCAGCAGCUCCCUUGCGGUGUGCCCGGGGCCGAGGCAGAGGAGGAAGAUUUAGUCAUCCACAUCUCGAAGCUGAAGGUCAACAAGGUCAAGGCGGUCUCUCCCGCAGAGUUCACCGUCGUCGUCGAGGUCACCGCGACCUGGACCAGCAAAUACGCCGUCCACCCGUGCGGCAUCGAUCUGUACCGCGGCGUCGUCGCCGGGCGGGCGAACAUCCCGGCCAAGGACUGGUGGAGACCGAUUGUCGAGGCCGACGGUGCCAUCUCCAGCGAGGAGCGCUUUUUCUCCGGCAACCCGAUGCUGCAGGUGCAGCGGACGCCGGGGAACGCGACUCACGAGCCGGAGCCCGUCAAGCAGCCCUGCACGUCGGAGUCGUGCGCGUGGCGGGCGCAGGUCUACCUACAGGAGGACGUACUGCUCGAGAUGACAUUCAAGUCGGACUUCAAUCUCAACCGCUACCCCUUCGACACGCAGACUUUGACGGGCUCCUUCUUCCUCGCGGAAAAGUUUGACGGCCCCGACAAGGUGAGCCGCACCUCGAUCAGCUUUGACUCGCCGGGCUUCUCCCUCUCGGGGCUGCACGGCGACGGCCUAGAGGGCAUCUACACCAAGUCCGGCUGGACCCCGCGCUCGGCCGUGAUCCGGCCGUCCUCGUCUGGCAGCCCGGGCGGCAACUGCCGCAAGGAGGGACUCUCGCACCUGUGCGCCGACUUUGAGAUCCGCCUGGAGCGGGUGGCCAGCGGCAACGUCUUCAAGGUCCUCGUGCCCGUCUUUGUCCAGAUGGGCAUCACCACGCUCGCGGCGAUGCAGCCUGCCGGGACGCGGCUGCAGGUCCUCGCGCUGGGCGCUGUCGCCUCUGCGGCGCUGAUGAUGCCGCGAAGCCUCGGCCUGCCCGCCGACAUCGAGGGUGUGCCCUUUGUCAUGGCUCUCGUCAUCUGCCACAUCACCGUCGUCGCCGUGAUGCUCGUCGUCACGGGCUACCAGAUCCUCUGCUCAUCGCGCCGCGCCGCCCUCGUCGGCGAGUGGAAGGCGGCCUUCGCGGCCAAGCGGGCGCUCGAGGAGCAGCUGCCCGGCGGCGCGCCGCAUCCGGCCGCCGCAGACGUCUCGCUGAGCCUCUCUACCGGGGAGCCGCUGCGCGCAGGAAAAGAGGCCGAGGGCUACGCGUCCGCGCAAAGCCGGCCGGCCGAGCCGGCCGAGCCCGUCUCGCUGCUCACGCGGGCGGUGCUGGCGCUGCCCGCGCUCAUGCACCACGCGAACCAGUCCACCCUCCCCAAGCCGACCCACCCGCACGGGGAGGGGUCGAUGGGCGACUCGGACUGGAUCCGCGCCGAGGACAAGGUGCUCCUCGCCCGGUCCGGCAAGAUUGACACGCGCAUGGCCAUGAUGCUACCCCCGCUCUACAUCCUCCUCGUCAGCCUGCUGCUGGGCCUAUAUUGGGGGGGGGCGAUGGACAAGGCGUGA